AUGAUUUCCGGUAAAGAGUUGAGAAUUAUUUCUCUUUUGACCUUAGACACGAUCUUUUUCCUGUUGGAACUGAUCAUUGGUUAUAUGUCGCAUUCGCUGGCUUUGAUUGCGGAUUCGUUCCACAUGCUGAAUGAUAUUAUCUCUCUUUUAGUCGCGCUUUGGGCAGUGGAUGUGGCCAAAAACAGGGGUCCCGAUGCUAAGUACACUUACGGCUGGAAAAGAGCUGAAAUUUUGGGUGCCUUAAUCAACGCUGUUUUCCUUAUUGCCUUGUGUUUUUCCAUUAUGAUCGAAGCUUUACAAAGAUUGAUUGAACCUCAAGAAAUCCAGAACCCAAAGUUGGUUCUGUACGUUGGUGUAGCAGGGUUGAUUUCCAACAUUGCGGGUUUGUUUCUGUUCCACGACCAUGGCAGUGACAGUUUGCACUCGCAUUCUCAUGGCUCCAUCGAAGGCGGAAAUAACGAUCUCGACAUAGAGUCGAAUGCCACUCAUUCCCAUUCCCACGCGUCUCUUCCAAACGAUAACUUUUCUGCCGACGAAGACGCUAUUUCAAGUCCUGGUCCAUCAGAGGACAUCAGAGAAGUCCUUCCCCAAUCAGUAGUAAACAGAUUAUCCAACGAAAACCAACCUUUAUUGAACCAUGAUGACCACGGUCACAAUAGCGGACCAAAGAAAAACAAACAACGUUCGCUAAAUAUGCACGGUGUCUUUUUACAUGUCUUGGGUGACGCUUUGGGUAACAUCGGUGUCAUUACAGCAGCUUUGUUCAUUUGGAAAACAGAAUAUUCUUGGAGGUUUUAUUCGGAUCCGAUUGUCUCUUUGCUUAUCACCAUUAUCAUUUUCUCUUCAGCUCUGCCCCUAUCACGUAGAGCUUCAAGAAUUUUACUACAAGCCACUCCAUCUACAAUUUCUGCCGAUCAAAUUCAAAGAGAGAUUUUGGCGGUACCUGGUGUAGUUGCCGUCCAUGAUUUCCACAUCUGGAAUUUGACCGAGUCCAUAUACAUUGCAUCCAUUCAUGUUCAAAUCGACUGCACACCUGAUAAAUUCAUUAGCUCCGCCAAAUUGAUAAGAAAAAUCUUCCAUCAACAUGGUAUCCAUUCUGCCACAGUUCAACCAGAAUUCGUUUCCGGAGAAGUCAACGAGGAUAUCCGUAGAAGAUUUUCCAUCAUAGCCGGCGGUACAGAACCUUCCCCAUCAUCAUCUCAAGAAGCCUUCGAGAAUAACGGAAACUCUGAACGCGAUAAGAAGCGUUCCCCUACUGCCUACGGUGCCACCACAGCAUCAUCUAACUGUAUUGUCGACGAUGCUGUAAACUGUAAUACUUCUAAUUGCCUUUAA